AUGGCCACUGGGCAACAAGCUGCGCAACAACCAACGUCGCUAAAUCCUUUCGUCGUUGAGUUGCCAGAAAAGUUGGAUUUUCGACGUCCCGAUGAUUGGAAGCGUUGGUUCACCCGAUGGGAGAGAUACCGGCGGGCCAAAAAGAAGAAGCAGCUACCAGUCCGCAACAAAGAACAGAACCAAGCUUGCAGAUGGUGUGGUUCCCCGCGCCCACACUUGCGUGCCAAGUGUCCUGCUGCCGACAAGACAUGCAAUGGGUGUGGAAAAAAAGGACACUUCGUGUCAGUGUGCCUGUCCACAAAGAAGAAAACUCAAGACAGCCAGAGUCAGCGCCACGCCGCACUCGAAGAGGUUUACCUGGGUAAAGUAACAAGUCAACUCGGAUCAGAACCAUGGCGGAUCACAGCUUGCGUCAACGGCUCGCCCGUAGAGUUCAAGGUGGACACGGGAGCUGACGUCACGGCCAUCCCGUCCAGGGUCUACAACAAGUCACUCAUGGGACCACUCAGCAGACCUACGAAGGCACUCCUGGGGCCCGGCCGAGCCAAGAUUCCCACUGUGGGACAGUUCAAGGCGACCCUGAGGUGGAAUGGACGAUCGUGCCAGGAGCAGGUGUUCGUAGUGGACAACCUUCACGACGCGCUUCUUGGCCGUCCAGCAAUCAAGUCUCUGCAAGUCCUGUGCAGCCUGUCUGUAGUCGAGGGAUCAGAGGUAGACGAAGACGACACACACAGCAGACAUCUUCAGUGA